UUCGAAUCAGUACGAUAAAAAAAAAGAUAUAUCUAUUGUAUUGAUUAUUGAUUAUAUAAUAUCGAUGAACUUUUGUAGCUAUUGAUCUAGAAGAAUCGAUCUUAAUUUUAUGUUACAUAAAUAUACAUGUAACGAACCACCACUGCACCGAUGCCAUUAUCUUAACCGCAACGCCUUAAGAGGGCCCGACGCAAAAAACCCUUUGAUCCCGCUCAGACCCCGGCACGUCACGACGAGUCCGGAUUCCGACACGUGAGUUGCGAUUCGACGGCGUUACGCGUGGGACGCGAAGUUCUAUUUUCGUUUUAUUCACGCAUUUGAUCAUUCCUUCUGGAACUAAUUGUUAAAGACACGCAAACUUAGUAAAAUAGUAAGAAGUCUGUUCCGUGGUUUUCGUGCUACCCACUUUACCCCGAGAGGACCCCGUUCUCUUACAUACAAUAUUUAUUUUGAGAAUGCAAUUUAAACCAGUUACCCACGUUAUAUUUGAUAUGGAUGGCCUUCUUUUGGAAUCUGAAUCUGCAUAUGAGAGAAUUUUGGGAAGUAUGACUGAAAAGUUUGGAAAACAGUAUACUUUAGAUAUUAAAUUAAAAGUAUUGGGUACCGCAGAACCAGAAACUGCAUCAAUAAUAAUUCGAGAAUGUCAACUGCCAAUAAGUCAUGAGGAAUUCUUGGUGGAAUAUAGAGCUAAAAUGAAGGAAGAAUUAAAAAACCCCAUGCUCAUGCCUGGAGCAGAAAAGCUAGUGGAACAUUUAUCUAAAAAAGGUGUUCCUAUAGCUGUAGCCACAUCUUCGUCCAUGGAUUCCUAUGAAAUAAAGACUCAAAAUCAUAGAAAUUUGUUCAAAUAUUUUAAUCAUGUAGUAUGUGCUUCAUCAGACCCGGAGGUGGAGCAUGGUAAACCGGCUCCAGAUAUUUUUUUAGUCUGUGCAUCGAGGUUUCCUGAUAAGCCCAGUGCUUCGAAGUGCCUUGUUCUUGAGGAUGCACCGAAUGGUGUAAAAGGUGCAUUAGCAGCUGGAAUGCAAGCUGUUUUAGUACCAGCUGAAGAAGUUAGUGAUGAAUUAAGGAAACCGGCAACUCUAGUCAUAAAGUCCUUAGAAGACUUCAAACCAGAAUUAUUUGGUUUACCUCCCUUUGAAUAGAUGACAAAUUUUUCUAGCCAGUAUCUGUUAGAUAUUCAAGUUAAAGAUUAAAUUUAACCAAGACUUUUUUUUAAUUUGUUGAUCUGUGACACCAAGACCACGUUCGGGCACAUUUACUAAAGGCACUCGCCCAC